AUGCCGGAGAUGGCUGCCGGUAUGCAAAAUCUGAACGGUUUCGGUUCAACUAGUCAAGACUAUGAGGGUCAGCUAAAGGCAAUGUCAAUGUGCUGGCAGGCAUUCGAUCCGUCAAGUUCCUAUCCGACAGCUAACUACCCUUCUCAAUCGGCUACCACAGCUGCUUUUAUGCCAGUUAUCAAAGGUGAUCAACAGUUACCAUCAAGUACUCAGUUGCAAAAAAAUCCAUUCACAACGUUUGCGCAGCAGUUAACAUCGUUCGGUUUCACACCUUCACCUACCUCUACACCAAUGAAAAAAAAGCCAACUCCGGUCCCCGAUGAAUUGAAGGAUGAGGCCUAUCGUGAACGACGAAUGAAAAACAACGAAUCUGCACGACGAUCACGUGAAAUGAGACGGCAAAAAGAGGAAUCCACACAACGACGUUGUGAUCAGUUGAUGCACGAAAAUAAUUUACUCCGGGCAGAGUUAUCACUUUUGCGGAGUCAAGUCGAUCAUCUGAAGCAAGUGCUAUCAAUGACCGCAACUUCACAACAGUUUGUAAACACCGGUGCCGUAGAGCUCAAUUAA